UUUCGCCAUUUUCGUUUCUUUCAAACCACUGCUUUCAAAUGGGAUACACCGCUUCCGUCAUUGAAGUCCCCUUAGAGCGACGUCGCGGCCAUAAAGAAACCCGCAACUACUCGCCGGAUUCUCGUGCGCCAAGUGACCGUCGGAAUCGCAGUUCUCGUCGCAGCCCAGACUAUUCAAGGUACGAUGAUGAGUUCAAUCGUCCGGGUAACCGUCGUUCCCCCGAUUAUUCAAAAUCGAGGAAUCGUAAUCGCAGUGUUAGCCGUAGCCGGAGUCGCAGCCCGGACUAUAGCAGGUACGAUAAUCAAAAUAGUUAUCGCCGCACUCAUCGUUCCCCUGAUUAUCCUAGAUCUAAAAGAAGCCCUAGCCCUAGAAUCAAAACCAUGAAUACGAACAGGAAACCUUAUUACGGUGACCAAAAGAAACAGUAUCUUGAUCGUAAUAACCUGAACGGGAACGGGAACGGACCAGAGUCUGAAUCCGACGAAGAGUUAAAAGGAGCCAGUUAUGAAGAUUACCGGAGGCUAAAACGUCAAAAGUUAAGGAAAAUGUUGAGGAAUUGUAUAUGGAACAUCACACCUAGUCCUCCAAGGCGCGAUGAUGAUCCCGAUGAGCUUGAACCCGAGGAAAUUGCAGAGAAGGAUGCUGAAGAAGAUAAUGAAAAGUACAAGGAUACAAAGUCUGAGUUAGAUUCAAAGGAGAGGAGCCAUUCAUCCGAGUCUGAAUCAGAAUCAGAGGACUCGGAAUCUGAUUCAGAUGAUUCCAGAUCGAGGAGGAGGAAGAAGAGCAAGCGUUCAAGUUCUAGGCGUAAGCGGAGAAGCAGGAAAUCAGUAUCCGUGAGUGACAGCGAAUCAGAUGAAUCCACUGAUGAUUCUGAAGAGGAAGAUAGGAGGAGGAAGAAAAAGAAGCAGAAGAGGAAAUCCACCAAACGAAAGAGCAGCAGCAGGAGAGAUAGUAAGAGAAAGAGAAGAAGUACAUCAAGAAAAAGUAAAGAUAGUGAUUCUGAAGAAAGCAGCGAAAGUAAUGGAGAAGAGGGAUCAUCAAAGACUAAAAGAAGUCGUUCUUCUUCCUCAAGCAAGAAAAGGAGCUUAAAGGGCAGUGACAAUUCAGCAUCUGAUAAGAAUUCAGACUCUGAAGAUGAUGAUAGAAGCAAACCACAGGUGGAUGAACCAGUGAAAACAGAAGAAGCUGAACGGGAGUUGAUAUUGCUGAAAGAGAUGAUUGAAUCAAGAAAGAAAGCUGGUUUAGAUGAUGAUGAUGAUGAAGAAGCAGAAGUAGGUCCAAUGCCAUUGCCAAGAGCAGAAGGGCAUAUCAGCUAUGGAGGUGCACUGAGGCCUGGUGAAGGUGAUGCAAUUGCACAGUAUGUUCAACAAGGGAAACGUAUCCCUCGAAGAGGAGAAGUUGGUCUUUCAGCUGAAGAGAUUAGUAAGUUUGAGGAUCUUGGUUAUGUGAUGAGUGGUAGUAGGCAUCAAAGGAUGAAUGCAAUUCGUAUUAGGAAAGAAAACCAAGUUUAUAGUGCUGAAGACAAAAGAGCUCUUGCCAUGUUUAACUAUGAAGAAAAGGCAAAACGUGAACAGAAAGUUAUGGCUGAUUUGCAGCGUUUGGUGCAACGCCAUAUUGGAGAAGAAACUGGUCCUUCUCAUGAUCCUUUUGGUGGAACUGGAAGAGUUGCAGAGGAUCCUGCUGAUGCUUGAGAUCACAGACUCCAGCUCCAGUUUUCAAAUCCAAAGGGAGAACUAAGGAGAGUCAUUACAGUCUCUUUGUAAAGUUGCCAUUUAUAACUCAAGAAAUUCACAUCUGGCAAUCGGAUUGCCCCACUAGAAUAGAUGAAUGAUGAAUCUACUUUUUUGAUGAUUCAAGAUGGGUUAAAAGUCAUCUUCGAUGUAGUAUUAUAUUGCACUUUUAAGUAUCUAGUAAAAAGGUGAUUGUUGUUAUAUUUGAUUUUACUUAUCAAGUAAAAUUGUGAUUCGUGUUA